CUUUUUUUUCCUUGAGCAAAAAAGUUUUAUGUUUCUCUUUACAAACAAUUUUUUAUUUGUAUAUUAUUUGUAGGAUGUCGGGAAAUGACGAAUUGAAGCGACAAAUCGCACAGCUCGAGUCUGCGAUCAACCAGCGUAAGCACAUGCAAUCAACUGCGCUUAGCGGACCGGCUCGCUACAGCGCUACUAGGCAGCCCUCGUACCGGUACACCCCCAUUCGUCCAGCUGUGCGCUCGUCGCGCAAUAUGAAGCUAAUUGUGAAGCCGGACAGCCCAGGACCCGCAGCUACUGAAAACUUGUCGCAGGAUGGCGUAAAGUAUGUGACUACUGCCAACAAACUUUUUAGGGUGGGUGGCGGAUCAACAAUAGGAGCAGUAGCCCACCCUCGUCCCCAGUACAGGCCACCACAGUACAGGCCACAGCAGUAUAGACCUCUGGUGAUAGGCGGCCUCAAUAAUGGAGCAAUGUCAGCGGCCUAUAGCAACAGACAGCGCAAAGUGGACAUCGAUGGUGAAACAUACAUCCGCAAAGGUCGCGGAAACAAGCUAGUGCGCGCUUCGGAAGUACCAGGGCCAGGGUCGGUUGAGCCACGUCUGAAGGGUAACCGGAUUGUCAGCAUUGAGGGUGAGAACUUUGUGCGUACAGUGCGCGGGAGUCUUAUUCGCAUGAGCGCCCUGCGCUCGUUCAAAAUGCAGCGCUCCGUGCCCUCACCCCAAAUGAGGCAGCACCGGCAGCGGCUGUGCACAAAGUUUGUGUACGGUAAGUGCAAUCAUUCGGCAGAAGAGUGUGCCUACUCGCACGAGCUGACGCCCGAGACAGUACCGAUAUGCUCCCACUUCCAGCGCGAUAAAUGCCUCAAAAGCGACUGCGUGUUUAUACACAACAAGUUGAGCCUCAAUGCGCCCAUUUGCCGCGAGUUUGUCAAAAAGGGUUAUUGCAAAAAGGGAAGAAGGUGCUUGCAUCGCCAUGUCUGGGAGUGCCCCGACUGGGUGGAGAAGGGCAAGUGCCCGGAUGAAAAGUGCAAGCUGCCACACCCAACGCCGCGCAACAGGGAGAAGGAGGCAGAUGAUCUGAAGGCUCUGAAGGAGGAAGAAGAGUUGUUUAUGAGACACUACAUACAGCGGCCUGUUUUCAGCAAGGAUGCAAGUGCGCACAAUGCCGGCGCCGAGUCAGAACAUAUCAGCGACCUUGAAUACUCGGAUGACGAGGAGUGCCUGAGCGAGGAUUUGUCUGGAGACGAGGCGGACGAGCUGCUCAAGUGGUAUGAUGACAACUAUUUGGAGCAGCAGGAACAACCCGCGGCCGCUAGUUAGUUUUGUUCUAGUCUAAUUUUUAUAUUUUUUGUUUUGAAAUAAAUCGAAGUUGAUGUGUA